UACUCCCAGUGAGGUCUAAAGCACUGGAUGAUGGGGUGCUGUGAACUUAUCAUUAAACGCAGCUGUGACCUCACUGAAUGUUUCCCUUUGUGUCUCACAAGAAAAGGGGACAGUCACAGCCUGCUCUCUAAAGACAACUCUCUUCCUUCACACAAAACUACAAGCAUCUAAUUACACACACACCCUUCACUCAAUUAUCAUGGAGACUCCUACACCAGCCUCAUAGAGUCAUCAUCGGGGGAGGGGACAACAAAUGUCCCCAGGUCAGACUGCUCUUCUGGUAUCAACCCUAAGUGUCUUGACACCGCUCAACUUUUUCUUCAUUAACUCCUGCAACAUUUGCAGUCUUGGAUCUAAUUUUCAGUCUGUAAAAACACCAUCUCUCCUCUACUAAACCUCAUUUUCUUUUCCUCACUGAAACACAGGUGUCUAAGGCAACUGACAUUAGCCCCAUUUUUGUUCUCUCCUACUUUCUCCAUCCUCAUUUUCAAUCCAAAGCUGGAUGUUGCAUUUAUGUGCACAACAACUUAACCUGCUCUCUUGCCCACGCUCUUGAAUCUUCCGAGUUUUCCACCAUCUGGCUACGAUUACAGUCACUCUCAAACUAAAUGUAUCUGUGCUGUAUACCUCUCACCUAACUCCUCUGACUUUAAAAAAUUCUUUGACUUCUUAACUUUCAAAGUGGAGCACAUUCUGACCCUCUUCCCUUUUGCAGAGGUCUCCAUUCUUGGAGACUUCAAUGUUCACCAUCAGCUUUGGCUUUCCUGUCCCUUCACUGACCAUCCUGGUGAACUAGCCUUCAACUUUGCUAUCCUCCACAACCUAGAGCAAUUGGUGCAACACCCUACUUGUAUUCCUGACCAUCUUGGAGAUAUGCCCAACAUUAUUAACCUUUUCAUAACCUCUAAUCCUUCUGCUUAUGCUGCCACCCUCUCUUCUCUGUUGGGCUUAUCCAGUCACUAUCUCAUAUCUUUAUCUUGUCCUAUCACUCCAAUCCUUCCUCAGCAUCCCCAUAAGCAGAAGUGCCUCUAGGAUUUUGCCUCUGCUAGCUGUAGGGACCCAAGGAGGUAUUUUGCUGAUUUUCCUUGGAAUAACUACUGCUUCCAUGUCAGAGACCUGUCUGUGUGCAGAGUACGAGUACAUAACAGAGGUAGUAGAGUCUGACAUGGAGGUGUACAUUCCUCACUCUUUAUCUUCCAAAUCUUGGUUUAACACAGCUUGUUCUCAUGCUAUACAUGAUAGAGAGGUGGCCUACAAAAGGUACUUAAGCCUUCCAUCACCAGAAUAUCAUGGGCUUUAUAUUUUUGCCUGGAACCAUGCCAAGUCUGUUCUCCAACUAGCCAAAAACUCCUUCAUUAACGGAAAGUUUCAAAAUCUUUCAAGAUCUAACUCCCCUUGUAACUUCUGGCACCAAGCCAAAAACAUCUCCAAUAACUUUGCUUCUCCUUCUUUUCCUCCUUUAUAUCAACCAGAUGGUACCACUGCUAUCACAUCUAUCUCUAAACCUGAACUCUUCGCUCAAACCUUUGCUAAAAACUCUACCUUGGACAAUUCAGGGCUUGUUCCUCCCUUGCCUCCACCCUCUGACUACUUCAUGCUACCUAUUAAAAUUCUUCACAGUCAUGUUUUCAUGCCCUCCCUGGCCUAAACCCUCGGAAGGCUUAUGGACCUGAUGGGGUUCCUCAUAUUGUUCUCCAAAAUUGUGCCUCUGUGCUUGCACCUUGCCUAGUCAAACUCUUUCAACUCUGUCAGCAUCUACCAUUCCUUCUUGCUGGAAGUUUGCCUACAUUCAGCCUGUUCCUAAAAAGGGUGACUUCAAAUCCCUCAAACUGCCAUCCUAUUGUUUUAAUUUCCUGCCUAUCUAAAGUUUUUUAAUCAAUCAUCAACAGGAAGAUUCUUAAACAUCUUUCACUUCACAACCUUCUAUCUGAUCGCCAGUAUGGGUUCCAUCAAGGCCACUCUACUGGUGAUCUUUUGGCUUUCCUUACUGAGUCUUAGUCAUCCUCUUAUAAAGAUUUUGGUGAGACUUCUGCUGUUGCUUUGGACAUAUUAAAAGUUUUUGAUAGAGUUUGGCACAAAGCUUUGAUUUCCAAACUACUCUUCUGCGCCUUCUAUCCUUUUCUCUGUAACUUCAUCUUAAGUUUCCAUUUUGACCGUUCUAUUGCUGCUGUGGUAGAUGAUCACUAUUCUUCCUUUAAACCUAUUAACUGUGGUGUUCCUCAGGGUUCUGUCCUAUCACCCACUCUCUUCUUAUUAUUCUCCAGUGACCUAAACCAAACUUCUUGUCUUAUCCACUCCUACACUGAUAAUACCACCCUGCACUUUUCUACGUCUUUUGUAGAAGUCCAACCCUUCAGGAAGUAAAGAGUUCAUGCAGGGAAGCCACAGAAGACCUGACUUUUGAUCUCUCUAAAAUUUCUGAUUGGGGCAGAGCAAACUUAGUAUUAUUCAAUGCCUCAAAAACUCAAUUCCUCCACCUAUCAACUUGACACAACCUUCCAGAUAACUAUCCCAUCUUCAGUGACACUUAACUGUCCCCCUUUCUACACUGAACAUCCUUGGUCUGUCCUUUUCUUAUAAUCUAAACUGGAAACUUCACAACACAUCCCUAGCUAAAACAGCUCUUAUGAAAUUAGAUGUUCUGAGACAUCUUCACCAGUUUUUCUCAUCCCCCCUGCCAACUGCUAACUCUGUACAGGGGCCUUAUCUGUCCAUGUAUGCUUCACAUGUCUGGGGGGGUUCCACUUGUACUGCUCAUCUAGACAUUAUGGAAUCAAAAGCUUUUUGUCUCAUCAGCUCCUCUCCACUAACUGACUGUCUUCAGCCGGUUUCUCAUCACUGCAGUGUUGCAUCUCUUGCUAUCAUCUACUGCUGUUUUCAUGCUAACUGCUCUUCUGAUCUUGCUAACUGCAUGCCUCCCCUCCUCUGACGGCCUCGCUGCACAAGACUUUCUUCUUUCUUUCACCCCCUAUUAUGUUCACCUCUCUAAUGCAAGAGUUAACCAGUAUUCUCAAUCAUUCAUUCCUUUCUCUGGUAAACUCUGGAACUCCCUGCCUGCUUCUGUCUUUCCAUCUUCCUAUGACUUGAAUUCCUUCAAGAGGGAGGUUUCAAGACACUUAUCCUUCAAUUUUUGACUGCUGCUUUGGACCCUUUUAUGGGACUGGCAUCUCAGUGGGUCUUUUUAUUUUUUGGGGGGGAGGGGAGGGUUGUUGCCCUUGGCCAGUGUCCCUCCUACUUGAAAAAAUAAAUAUCUUCUCAACACAAAUACUGACAACAGCCCCUGUGUCAGGCUGUAUGUACCAGAUGAGGCCGUGUCAAUGCUCACCUUUGAGAACGUCAUAUUUGAGGCGCCAGACGUGAGACAGCAACUCAUAGCCAAGGUUGCUGUCGUCUCCGCUAGCUGGACUGGUGGUGUAUCCCUCACAUCUGGUCAUCAAGGAGUACCCCAUGGUCAAGUCCUUGCACACCGAUCUGUUCUGAUGGAAGCAGUUGGAGGGUGUGGAGGAUGUGGAUGGCCAAGGAAAUCCAUCUCAAAUACCCAGAGAUCCUCCAUGCCGCUCACCCCUUCUUCCUCUCCCUCAAGUUUGUGGGUGCUGGUGGCUCUCUCCUGGAUGGAGCAGUUUUCGUGGAUCUAUUUACCCAAGAACAACUUGUCAACAAUUCCUGUAGAUGUCGUCAUCAGUGAGGUCAGUGUUAGAUACCAACUUGCUGCUCAGGUGUCUGUUGUACCUGCUGGUUGGCAUCUCCACUUUGUCUCUCCUGGUGCUGACAGAUUAGCAGCAGGAGUGGGAACUGCAGUGGCUGUAACUCAUAUGACUUCACUGGUACCAAUCCAGACCACCUGGCUUCCCCAGGGACAGGCUUGUGUCACCCUGACCUUACCUCUACCUAUACAUCUACCACUGCACUACAUUUGGAAUCUGGUUGAGUACAUGUACUCAGACCCAAGCCUGAUGUGCUUGGUGGUGUAUCCUGAAAAUUUGGAGAUCCAGGAGAACUCUGUCACCAAGAACAUGCAAAUGAAUGUCAUUGGGUGGCUGAUGGCAGCUCCUCAAGUGAACCCAGAGAUCACUGGGCUAAAGUACAGCAAGAUGAGUGCCUUGGAGAAGCUGUGCCUUGAGUUGAAGGCUUGCAGUCACCAUCAGAAAAGAGCAAAGCUACAACAAGUCAUCCAAGUACUUUGUCAAGAAGGUUUAUGUUGAAGGCAACCUCCUGCACUGCUCUCAGGAGAACAGUGGGACUCAUGACCGCCUCCAAGACCCACAGAGGAUUGGAAGGCAUAAAUUCAAUCUUGGAUAACUAUUGACAUUUAAAACUGGUGACUCCACUUGUCAGAUUGUAGGUGGGAAAGUUUUAGGGUUGAUUGAUGGGAACAUUGUUGAUCUAAAUUCUUUUUUGGUAAAGUACUGUAAAUCACUUGCAUGUGAAGUUUCAAAUGGAUGAAAUAGCAUGAAUGGUUUUGUAGUUGAAUUGUUCUUUGUAGCUGGAAAAAAAAAUUAGGGUCGAUUGAUGGGAAAACUAUUGUUCAAAAUCCUUUUAUUGUAAACUAGAUCAUGUACAUAGUUGUGAAAUUUUUUUGGAAAUGAAAUAGCAUGAAUGAUGAUGAUGUUGUUUGUGUUGUACUAUGGGUAAACCAUUGGAAAAAAUGUAGUAGUUAUGAACAAAAUUGGAUUAACUAAACAUCACUGAGGUUGUAGUUGUGAAAUUUUGGUGUAAAUUAAUGUAAACAAUGAAAUACUUUAAUAAUCAUUAAAGUUUUAAUCUUAUAUUAGGAGUCAUUGGAAAUUAGCUAAAAUAAACACCCUUAUAUUAUCUUAACCCUAUAAUGACUAACCAACUUUCCUCUCAAAUCAUAGCAUAGUUUUAACACAAGUAAACAGUGCACAGCUUUGCCAAAUGUUGUCAUAAAUCUGUGUUGGAAAUAUAGUCUUCAUCAAGCAUUA